CCCCUGAAUGCUGCAAUAUGUCUUCAGAAUUUCGACUCUCAGAUGGUGGAAAGACACAACAAACCUGAAAUAGAAGUCAAAAACAACAAAGAGUUACUUUUAACACCAGUUGUGAUUAGUCGUAAUGAAAGAGAAAAAGUUUUAAUAGAAGGCAGCAUCAACUCACUCAGAAUCAGCAUUGCUAUCAAACAGGCAGAUGAAAUUGAAAAAAUUUUAUGCCACAAAUUCACCAGAUUUAUGAUGAUGCGAGCAGAGAAUUUUACCAUUUUACGAAGAAAACAGAUAGAGGGCUAUGAUAUUAGUUUCCUGAUUACCAACUUCCACACAGAGCAGAUGCACAAGCACAAGUUGGUAGAUUUCAUCAUACACUUUAUGGAGGAGAUCGAUAAGGAAAUCAACUUUCUCAAACUUGCUGUCAACUCCAGGGCUCGAAUCUGUGCUGAAGAGUUCCUAAAAAAUUUCUGA